AUGAGAAGAUCUCGAGGAGUAUUGUUGGUUGUUUCAAUUGUUGUGUUCAAUUUGAUUGUGUUAUCACUAUUUCAGUUCACCCCAAUAGAUGAUUAUGUCAUUGGUAAUAAGUAUAUUGAUAGUAUCAAACAGCUACUAAUAAAAUAUCAACCUGAUUCCCCAUCAUCACUAUUUAGCUCGUGGAGUUUAAGUAAUGAUGCUGCAUUUGCAUUAUCUAUGAAUCAUGAAAAAGAAAUCUCAUUCCACAAUGAAGUGGCGACGGCUGUUGAUAAAGAUAAAUCAAGCAAUGCAUUAUAUGAUCAGCUCGAUUCAACAACAACAAAAGCUAGUCAAUUUGACAUCAUUGAUAUUCCUAAUGAUAUACCUUUGGCCUAUCAACCAUUUGAUCCAAGAUUCACAUUGGGCUUGCUUUUGAAAUACGUUAAUGAACAAGACAAUAGAGUUCUAGAAUUACCUAGUUUCCACUGGAGUGAUUUUGUUGAUAUGUCACCAUUGGAAAAUCAAUUAUUUCAUAAUACUAAUAAUUUAGACAACAAUCAACAGGAGAGACUAAAUUGUAAAGAUUUUGAUGCCACUAAAAAGAACCCUCGAAUCAACCAGAAAAAUAUGUUACUUCCAACACAGCAGUAUUGUAUUGAUGAUGACCAGAUUGAUACCAUACUAAAUGAUCAAGAACUGUAUUCAAAAUAUGAUUCGUAUGUUAUUGAACAAUUGAAAGAAAUUAAGCAACAAAAUUCUCCAAUAUCAAUAGGAUUUCAUAUUUUCAAUUUCCCAGGAAGAAAUGCUAAGAAAUAUCGUCCAAUAUUGGGUAAAGCUUAUGUUUAUGAAUUUAUGAAAAACCCCUCGACAUUAACAAUGCUAUUGCCAACCACUGAUCAAGAACAACAGGGUUUGCAAAUGAUGUAUCAAAUGCCUGUUAAUCAACAAACUCGAAAUAAGAUAUCAAAUACUAAUCAAAUAUUUAAACUGGGGAUUACCAUUGAUCUAAAACAAGAAUUAAACAAAUUGAUAAACAGUAAUAAACCAGAAAAAUUAACUACUUUGACUUAUGAAAAGCAUUUAUCACACGAUUCAUUCGUUGAUAACACACCCGCGAUAAUAAUGUCAAUGGAACAACAAUCACAAGCACAACCACUUAAUCAAACUGAUACUAAUUAUUUAAAUACAUUGAAAUUUUCAUUACUGUAUGAAAACCCUGAAAAAUAUUUCCAUGAAGCAAAUAUACUUACUCGAGAAGCAAAUUUUGCUCUUGGAGGACAUUAUGAUUGGCGAUUUAUGAAUGGGAUAAUCAAUAAUACCCCUCAAUUAACUGUCUCGAUCAAUCAAUUGAUCAAAUCAUGGUUUCGAUUGACUAAUCAAUUUGGAUUAAACACUUGGAUUGCUCAUGGCUCAUUGUUGUCAUGGUAUUGGAAUGGAUUACAAUUCCCUUGGGAUAGUGAUAUAGAUGUACAAAUGCCAAUAAUGGAUUUACACAAGUUAUCAAGACAUUUGAACCAAUCGGUGAUUGUUGAUUUUGGUCAUGAUAUAAAUAAUAUUCGAUUAGGUAGAUAUUUUUUGGAUUGUUCCAGUAUUAUAUCACAAAGAACUCGUGGUAACGGGAAUAAUAACAUUGAUGCUCGUUUCAUUGAUAUGGAUACUGGAUUAUACAUUGAUAUUACCGGAUUGGCAUUGAGUAAUACUAAGGCACCAGCAAGAUUUAAUAAAUUAUUACAUUCGAGUCCUAAUAAUGGUGAAUUGGCUCGAGAAAAUAGUCGUGAUGCAACUAUUAGUGAAUUAACAAGAAAUGAAUUUUUACAAGUUUAUAAUUGUCGAAAUAAUCAUUUCACUCGAUUAGAAGAGUUGUCCCCCAUUAGAUUAAGUUUGGUCGAAGGGGAAUUUGGUUAUAUCCCAAAUGAAUUUGAAUCUAUUUUAAAAACUGAAUAUAAUGAAAAAUCCAUCAAUAAUAAAGAUUAUAAUGGGUUUGUAUUUUUACCCAAGUUAAGAAUUUGGGUUAAAAAAAAACCAAUUAUUAAUUUUGUUGCCGCAAAGGAAGAGAAAGAACAGCAACAAGAACAACAGCAACAACAGCAACAAAACGAAUCUCCCAAGAAAACAAUUAGUAUCAUUACUAUUGAUUUAAGUGAUGAGGAAUAUUCUCAAUAUUUAUUGGAAAAUCAAUCUGAAUUAAUCAGUUAUUUGAUUACCAGUAACGUCACAUUAUUCCAUCAGGAUGAAUUGGUUCAUUAUUUUAAUGGGAGAUCAGCCAAAUCAUUGUUUUUCACUGAAAAGGAAUUACAACAGCAACAGGAAGAUCAACAAUCCCAAGUGAUUUUGAAAAAGGGGUUAAUACAAGAUUUGAGUCAAGAUUUAUUUAAAUUUAAUUCAUUUCAAUCGAAUUAUAAUUAUAUUGAUAAAUUAAAAGAAAUCAAACUUUUGCUUGGAGAAAAGCAAGAAAAACAAAAUAGUGAUGACAACAAUAGUGAUGGUUAUGGUGAUAAUGAUGAUCCAUUAAAUAGAAAUGAAAUUGUUAACGGGAUUAACUAA